CUCCUCCCGGUCAUUGCGCGGACAUCAUGUGGCCAACAACAGGCUGACAGACACACCGCUCACUGGGGACCCUAUAUAAGCUCUGCAGCUGUCAGGUGGAGGGCACUGGCUGCUCUGCACUUAGGGAACGACUCGUUUUAUUGGGGAUUACAGACAGACACUCAUAGAUCCACACUGCAAGAAUGUCUUGGGGAUACGCAUGCAACAACGGACCUGACAAAUGGGCCGAUAACUUCCCUAUUGCCAAUGGAGUCCGCCAGUCUCCCAUUGACAUCGUCCCUGGUGCAGCAUCCUACGACGCGGGGCUGAAGCCGCUCAACCUGAAGUACGACCCCUCCAACUGCCUCGAGAUCCUCAACAACGGACAUUCCUUCCAAGUGACCUUCGCAGAUGACUCCGACAGCUCAACUCUGAAAGACGGACCAAUCUCAGGGACCUACAGGCUCAAGCAGUUUCAUUUCCACUGGGGAAAGUCUGACGACAGAGGCUGUGAGCACACCGUGGCCGGGACCAAGUAUCCUUCUGAGCUCCAUCUGGUGCACUGGAACACCAAAUACCCAAGUUUUGGUGAGGCAGCCAGCCAGCCUGAUGGUCUUGCUGUUGUUGGAGUAUUCCUGAAGAUCGGGGCUAAGAACGACAACCUCCAGAAGGUUCUUGAUGCCUUUGAUUCCAUCAAGGCCAAAGGCAAGCAGACUACUUUCGCAGGCUUCGAUCCUUCCACCCUGCUCCCUAGCUGUCUGGACUACUGGACCUAUGAUGGCUCUCUGACCACACCCCCUCUGCUGGAAAGCGUCACCUGGAUUGUCUGCAAGGAGCCAAUCAGUGUCAGCUGUGAGCAGAUGGCAAAAUUCCGCGGCCUGCUGUUCUCCGGUGAAGGCGAACCCGAGUGCUGCAUGGUGGACAACUACCGCCCCCCCCAGCCGCUCAAGGGUCGCGCCGUCCGUGCUUCCUUCAAGUAAAACCCCCUCCCCCUUUUUUGCCCUUUUUGCCCUCUUGCCCUCUCCCUUCCCCCGACCUUUAGUCAAACGCCUGGAGUUACCUCUGUAGCAGUGAGCCACAAAGCACACAUAUCUCUCUCCGUCCAAUUUUGAAAAGAAAUUAAAUUCCUGUGGCCCGUUGCUUUUUACGCCGGGCUGUGUAAAUGUGAGGUGGAGCUCUUGCAAGGUUUUGUGUCUCUGUUUUUAUGUCUGUAAGCCAGCAAAGAUACCCUGUCAUAAUUUAUUUUAUAAGACAAACACUUCACAGUGGCUGCGACACAUUAACUCGGAUUUAGCAUCUGGUGCCAGUUUUUUUAAAAGAGGCAUUACAGCUGUGCGUGCUGCAGAAACACCACACUGAAAAUGAAGAUGAACUGUAGUCAAAAUGGUGCUCAUGAGGCAGCAGGAAGCAAGCUGAGUAAGCAGGGGGAAGAUGAAACUAUUUCACCAUCUGUGAGGAGGGUAAGGUGCAGAUAAAAUGAUGCAUAUAUGGACACACACGUUACCCGUCUGUCUCUAAUCUCCGGCUGACUGCCAGCCUCUGCAUCACAGCAGCUUAAUGAAACGCUGCAGCCGCCUCCAUCACAACCGAUUGACUCGGAAAAUCCCCCUCUGGCACACACACACUCACACAAACAACACCACAUGCACAACCUUGUGCAGACAUGAUGCCUAUAGGCACUGACCUGCUUAUUGAAUUCAGUGUAGAGUAACCAAGGACAUGAGGACAGAGCUUUUCUAGCACUGAACACCAUGACGACGGCUUGUUUCUCAGUUUUUACAGUGUAAUCUUUAAAUCUUCAUGUAUGUCAACCCGUGUUGUGUUUUUUAUAAUUUUAAUUUUUUUAGCCUGACUGGUUAUCAAAUUAAGUCUUAAGUGCUUCCUAAAUUGUUUUGUAACCAAAAGAUCACCUGCAUUCUGAUGACAAUAUUGCAAUAGUUUGCAAAAAAACAUCCUCUGCAGAAUGAAAAACCUGCAAUGUGUGGAUUUGAAUGUUUCGAGUGCUAAAGCUUAAAACGCACAGUCGCCCUGUGGGUGAUACCAUAGUGACUAAUGCACAAAGCCAAGGAAGAAAUGAACCUGCCAAGGAAGCCAAGGAAGGAGUGAACCUGCCAAUAGAUAAGAUUACAGCGUCAGCCCGCUGUCAGGCCGUGUAUAGGGAAGUCAUUAACAAAAGAUUGCAUGAGGUUCCUGAAGUCCGCUGGUCUGGGCCCCAUUUGCAUCUUUAAACAAUAAAGAAGUUGUUUCUGUAUUUUCCAGAAAGAUUGUAAUUAGUUAAAAAGAAAAGCUAAAUGCCUUAUGCCAAUCAUUGUUAGGGCCGUCCCAUGAGUUUCUGUUGUUGUCAUUCUUUUUUGGAAGUGGACGUUUUACUAGUGGAAUAAAUAUAUUUUAUGACUAA